CUUCCCGUCUCUCGCGACCGUAACACACAGUCUUCGCCCUCUUGUCUCGUUCUCUCAGUCUGCAAACGCCCCUCCGUUUCCCGACUCUGGCCGCUGCUUGCCACCCGAUCGGCUGCUUCUCGGAGCCCUCUGGGGCUCCUCGUCUUCGAUCAGGUCUCCGGUGAGUCGAUCCGCAGCUGCUUCCCUGGCUCUAGGUGGCGAUUUUAGGGCUCCCGAGCUCCGGGUGGGUCCCUCGGUCAAGGGUUUCGGUGUCGAUAUGCACCGGUCUCGGCAAUGUGGCAUCGAUUUUGAGCUUUGUCGGGUUUGGUGGGUGGGUUGAGAGAGAAUGGCUGCCUUGGAAACCCUAGGUUGGUUCGGAACCGGCGCUACUGUUGGGUCUUGUGGACUAAAAAGGGCUUCUUUUGGCGCAUGUUUUUGGCCAAGCUGCAGUUGGAGUUAGCGGCUUUUGAUUUAGCUUGCUGUCGGUUUUUAAAUGUGCCGAGGGUCGAGGUGCCUUGAGAUUGUCGCUCAAAAAUUCCAUCUUUGAUUUGAUUCUUCUGUACAAGUGCAGGAUUUUGGUCGAUUUUGGCAAAAAAAGUGCUGAGAUCUCUUGAAAAGAUUGGAUUUUGGAGACAUGUCGGGAGCUCCUAAAGUCCGUUCCCUCAAUGUGAGCGAUUCUGAGGCAAGGCCCGUCCUUGUGCCCGGUGGGAACAAGGCCAGAUCAAUGGCGACUGCUCGGAAACCAGCUUCGAAGCCUCCGAGUAAAACCGAGAGCACAGAGAUUGUAGCAGCUGAGGGGAAAAAGAAGGCUUCGAGUCCUUCAGCUGACCUGCCACAUUUUAGAUCUAGUUUCAGUGCUCCCUCAGUGAUUAGGAGCCGAGCCUCCAUAGGAAAAAUUGGCAGGACAAGCUUAACCAACAAACGGAGGCAGAGCACUCCAAGGAUUGGCAAGACUCUGGACAAGGCAGAAAAGAAUGUUUCAGAUGAUUCAGCCGUACCUCCACCAGAAGUUGUGCAGGGAAAGAAGAAGUGUGCAUGGGUGACACCCAAUACAGAGCCAUGUUAUGCUUCUUUUCAUGAUGAAGAAUGGGGAAUUCCUGUCCAUGAUGAUAGGAAAUUAUUUGAACUUCUUGUACUAUCAGGUGCAUUAGCUGAGCUUACAUGGCCUGUUAUCCUAAGCAAAAGGCACAUUUUUAGGGAAGUUUUUCUGGACUUCGACCCUGUUGCAGUCUCCAAAUUGAAUGAGAAGAAGAUUUUAGUGCCUGGAAGCACUUCUAGCUCCCUUUUGUCAGAGCCAAAGCUCCGAGCCAUCAUUGAGAAUGCACGCCAGAUACUCAAGAUAACAGAUGAGUUUGGAUCAUUCGAUAAAUACUGCUGGAGCUUUGUGAACUACAAACCCAUUGUCAGCAAAUUUCGCUAUCCACGUCAGGUUCCCGUGAAGACCCCAAAAGCAGAUGUCAUCAGCAAAGACCUCGUUAAAAGGGGUUUUCGCAGCGUGGGUCCGACAGUCAUAUAUUCCUUCAUGCAGUCUUCCGGACUGACGAAUGACCACCUCAUCAGCUGCUUCCGGUUCCAGGAGUGUGUAGCAGCUGCGUCAUCAAGCGCAGAUGAGGCAAAUGAUGCCAAGAGAAAUAUUAACACCAAAGUAGAAGAGAAAACCGAUACAGGUCAGGAACUGACAGUAGGAAUUGAUUUGGAAUUAUCAAGAGCUAUGGAUGAGUAGAACAUUUCCUAGUUGUUUUAGAUGGGUGAGUUAUCUUAUGUGCACCAUUCAUACUGCUUCUGCUGGGUUACCCCUUGCAGAAGUGAAGGUAGAAGCCCUUUGUAAAUAAAAUGUUUGUGAAAUUAAUGCACUCCUUGGUUUGUAAAUCA